AUGUCACAGAAUAGACCUGGGGUCUUCUCGAGUCUGCGCAUGGGUGCCCAUCUGCUGGACUCGAUUGCUAACCUUUUCCUUCUUGUUCGCGAUCAUAUAGAAGUCGUCCGCGAGAAAGUCCAGGAUGGACUUACGGGAGAAACCAAGGAGAUCUCCUAUUCACAAUGUAAAAUCGUUGGCAAUGGAUCCUUCGGCGUCGUCUUCCAAACGAAGAUGAUGCCCAGCGGCGAAGAUGCUGCAAUCAAAAGGGUUCUCCAGGACAAGCGGUUCAAGAAUCGUGAACUUCAGAUCAUGCGGAUCGUGCGCCACCCGAAUAUCGUAGAACUAAAGGCAUUUUACUACUCUAACGGAGAAAGGAAAGAUGAAGUGUACUUGAACCUCGUCCUCGAAUAUGUACCAGAGACGGUGUAUCGGGCCUCGCGUUAUUUCAACAAGUUGAAGACAACCAUGCCGAUGCUGGAAGUCAAGCUCUACAUCUACCAACUUUUCCGUUCUCUGGCCUACAUUCACUCGCAGGGAAUCUGCCAUCGUGACAUAAAACCUCAAAACCUGCUGCUCGACCCGAACACCGGUAUUCUGAAGCUGUGUGACUUUGGAUCCGCCAAGAUUCUUGUCGAGAAUGAGCCUAAUGUUUCAUACAUUUGCUCCCGCUACUACCGCGCACCUGAGUUGAUUUUCGGCGCAACGAACUACACCACGAAAAUUGACGUAUGGUCUACUGGUUGCGUGAUGGCCGAGUUGAUGCUAGGACAGCCACUCUUCCCAGGAGAAUCCGGAAUCGACCAGCUCGUGGAGAUCAUCAAGGUCCUGGGCACCCCGACGCGGGAGCAGAUUCGCACCAUGAACCCGAACUACAUGGAACACAAGUUCCCGCAGAUCAAGCCACACCCCUUCAAUAAGGUCUUCCGGAGGGCCCCCCAUGAGGCCAUCGAUUUAAUCUCCGCCCUCCUGGAAUACACGCCGACGCAACGUCUGUCAGCAAUUGAAGCGAUGUGUCAUCCAUUCUUCGACGAACUUCGGGAUCCUAACACUCGGUUGCCCGACUCGCGGCACCCGAACGGCUCCACGAGGGAGCUCCCUAAUCUGUUCGACUUCUCCAGGCAUGAACUUUCUAUCGCGCCCGCAAUGAACAGCCGGCUGAUUCCCCCUCAUGCACGUCCUGCACUUGAGGCUCGCGGGUUAGAUAUCACCAACUUCAAGCCUCUUACGAAGGAAGAAAUGAUAGCGCGUCUUGACUGA